GUCCUGCGGAAAUCCAAAUACUGUAACGAUUUGGUUGCUAUGGUAGCUCGUACUGAGAAUACUUUAGGAAAUAUCAUGUGGUGGGGUUUUACUCCUGCCAUGAAUCUUGCGAAGUGCUUUGACAGUUUUUGUUUCGGCGAUCAUUUCGAUAAUACUAACAUACUUUGCGUAGGAAUGGGCGAUUCAAGACACAUCUUGCGAACUUUAUCUUCAAGGUUUUCUGGAAGAAAUAAGUUUGAAACAUUUUACCUGAUCGAACCAUUUCACGAAACAUAUGCUCGGCAGAUGCUUCAGCUAUAUACAGCUCUUGAGCCUUACACAAGGAUAGGGCUGCAGGAGAAAGUAGAAAUGUAUCUUGAAAUCUUUGGGAACGUGAUGAUUCGAGAUGUCACAUCUAAAUAUUUGAUCAAUGCUGCAAAUAAUCUGAGGAGGUUGGUGACAAACUUAGGCCCUCUUCCAUCAUUUGAAUUUGUUGAUUUGUCAAAUCUGAAAUACAAGGAACGUGAUAUGCUAGAGUCAACACUUAAGUUUUGGAGUGGGAGAGAUGAAACAAAGUUUGAUGCUGACAAGUGUUGGAAUUAUCGUUUACGUAAACAUUUAGGUACUCGUUAUGAUGCUAUACCAAAUGUUUUCGACUGGGAUUGUAGCAUAACUCUACACGAUCGAAAGGCUACUCAAAUAAACUCUAAAGAAUAUGCUCAUUGGCGUCAGUAUGGGAUGGCAUUUGAACUUCGGGAAGCCAAUUACAAUGUUCCAAAUAGAAGUUUAGCUUCUGGAAGAGUUUUCAGGAACUCAGCUGGUGAUAAAGGAGUUUAUUGGGGGUAUUGGGGUGACAUAAUCUGCUCACCAUAUUUGGUGUUUGGCAUAGAUACAUCUGAAUGUAGUGAAUUAAAUCGUCUUGUUAAUGGGAAGCAUGCAUAUGCGGCAUCAACAAUAUCUGAAGUGAAUAUCCGUAAAAUGUUCUGGGAAUUAGAAAAUCAAAAAGACUGCCCAUUACAUAUAUCCGUUCCAUUUUUUGAUCCAUCAACAACAAAUGAUAAUAUCAGUUUUCCUGACGAAGAAGUUAGUUCACAAAAUGAUCCCACAGUAGAGAAUGACACAGACGAUAGUAAACAGAAUAUGAAUGUUGAAAAUAGUAAUUCUGAUGACUGCAUACUUAUGAAGUCAGAAAAACUAAAAGAAGAAGAAGAAGAAGAAGAAGAACAAAAAACAUCAACUCAAGCUAAGUCGAAUGAAGAGCCAGAACAUCCUAAUGAAGAUUCUUUAACAAAACAAUUUGACAAUACAGAAUACGUUCCAUUGGAUAUUGCAAACACAUUCAAAGUUAAAUUUCUUCCAUGUAACAGCUUUUUAGAUUUACCUAUAAGAUACCGAUCUUUAUUUCUCAAAAGUAACGACGAUAACUCAUCAUCAUUAAACAAUCGUUUCCGAAUAAUUUACAUCGGUAACAGUUUAGUUCACUUAUUAUCUGAUUUGCAUAAAAGAGAAAAUAAAAAAGACAAUGGAUUACAUUCCAAAUUGAAUAGUAAUCUAGAUGCAGAAGAAUGUAAUGAUAAAUUAGAGGACAAGAAAGUUAUAUCCAAUGAAAGCACUUUAGAAAAUGAUUUAUUUAAUACUGAUACAUUCAAGGUUUCAUUCACUGAUCUUCUGGAAGAUGAAGCAUUGCUAAUUGUAGAAUCUAUUCUGUAUAUAGUGGAGGUUAGGUCUGAACAAAUCAAAGCGUAUUGCGAAAAUGUUAAACAAAUGGCUUGUGAUCUUGGUUUCGAGUCUAUUAAAGAAAUAAAACCUAUGGAGGAUCAUCAUUUAUAUUUUCGAUUUAGACGAAAAUUACAAUAACAAUGUUAAAUAUAAUGUAUUCAGUAAUAUCAUAUGUAUGAUUAUACCAAAACGUACUCCCUAUUUCACAGAAGUUCACAACUUUGAAGAUCAAAUAAAUGUAUUUAUAUUUGUGUAUUUGUUGUCAAUUCUAUUGUGAUUAUGAAAGCAAAAGCUAUUCAAAUUGAUACUUUCUUGAUUAUAUAAGCUAAAAUAACAAUAAUUUACAUUUACUAUGAUAACCUGAGCGUAUAAUUUGGAAAACGGAAUAGAUUGCAUAUUCAUGCUUCUCCUUUCAGUGAAAUGACAUCUUUGAAAGUUUACUAGUUGUAAUUGUGAUGAUUGAUUGAACUUAGAAAAAAAGUCAUUGGAAUUCAACUUAUUGGUUCGAAGUUUAAGCAUUCUCAACGAGACUUGAAGACAUUUGGUUAGAUCCUUUUUGAGUUCGUGAAUGAAAGUUGUUAAGAAGUCUCAAGAUAGGAAGAAAUUGAUGUUUGGUGGUCUACGAUUUUCAAUAUUUAUCUAGCUAACUUCAAUACAUGAAGUAAACCAAUUACAUUAGGGUUGAGAUAGUUUUCAUGUAUUCUACUUUAUGAGAUUGCAACAGCUUAUAAACAUCAUUUACUUCAAAUAUCAUUGUUAAUUAAUUAAUAAGGAAAAUCAAAAUUCUGUUGUUGUCUUAAGUGACUGACAAAGUCCAGUAUGUUUAAUAUAAUCAUCAUUGUUCCUCAAUCGGUGGAGUUUUCUUCGUAGUAAUAAAUUCAGUGAUCGGAGUAUAAUUUUCGGAUUUUAUUUAACUCGGAUCUAUCGAUCAAUUGAAAAGGGGCUUUUUUGUUUAAGAAAAUUCUUGUGUGAUGGAUGGUCAGAUUUCUAGCUUAUGGAAAAGCUGAAAGGAAUGAGGUAGGAAGCCACAUAAUUCAAUUAUGGCUUACGAUUAUUAACAAUAGAAAGUCUCUAGUUUUUUAGUCUUUUAGUUUAUCUAGUCAAGUCUAGAUGUCUAAGAUACUAUUGAGUAUGUGAUGUAUAUAUGUUAUUGUCUACUUAUUAUAUUACUAUUGCUUAACAAAACUCAAUUGUUUUGACUGAAUUUGUCAGGUCUCUGAAAUUAAUCAAAGAAUGCACUAAUGAUAUAUUUUAUUUUGUAUAUUUUGGUUUGAACUAACUACUGAUCAAUAUUUUUGGUAUUGUUGUAUCCCGAUAAGAAUAAAUGAACGGUAAUUUUCGGGAUCCAUUUAUGAACCAAUAUUAUGAGUACAUUUUUGUCGUAUAAUUGUUAUGUAACUAAACUGUUCAUAUUCAUCCCCCUCUUAUUAUGAGCUUUAUUUUGACCUAUGAACUAUGAAUAUACGAUUUACCAUUCAUGAAUUAUUCCUUGUCUGUUAAUCGCUACCUCCCUCAUUCACAGCCACAUCUGGCUAAUUCUUGUACAAAUAUUGUUUCAUAUUUUACUGGUACGUUGUGGUCGGUUUGAUUGGUAAUAUAAACUCAAUAUGCUUGAAAUAUAAUGAUUCAUAUGUC